AUGUACGAGUUCCCUGGGACCUGCAACUACGUGUUCGCCAGUGAAUGCAAGAACACUUUCCCUCUCUUCAACAUCCAGCUAAAGAGGGCGUCCUCAGGCAAUAUCGAGCGUAUCCUCGUUGAUCUUCGCUACAUCAACAUCCAGGUGCUCAACGGAGCCAUCAAGGUCGGCUCUUUACAAGAUGUUCAGCUGCCUUACAGUUCAGUCGGGUUCCAGAUCAAACCAUACGGCAGCCUUGUCCAGCUGUACAUAAAACAAGACAAACUGGAACUGACCGUUGAGUGGAAUAAUAAGGACUACUUGAUGUCCUUGUUGUGCACAGAGCUGUUGAACAUGGUAGCGCCGGACUGUAAAAUCGACAAGAAUCGUUACAUCUACCGCUGCCAGCAUGACCUGUGUCACUGCACCCCCAAGGGCAGAAAAGAGUGCAGCUGUGGCACCCUCUCCGAGUACUCCAGGAGGUGUUCCUGGGAACUGCAGCCUGUCACCAACUGGAGAAGCCAGGACCUGUGCUCUCCUGAAAUAUGCCCAUCAAACCAGGAGUUCAAAGAGUGUGGAAACCCCUGCAUUCCCAGCUGUACUAACCCACUCUUCAGCUGCCUGACGCCCUGUAUCUACGGCUGCUUCUGUCCAGCAGGAACAAUCCUGGAUAACAUCUCUAAGAACAGUACCUGUGUGCGUCACAUGGAGUGCCCCUGUGUCCUCAAUGGGCUUCUGUAUCAGCCACAGGAUACAGUGAAUUACCCCUGCAGGUCCUGUGUGUGUGCAGGGGGCAAGUGGGAUUGUGAGGAGCACCCGUGUUCGCAGCACUGCGCCGUGGAAGGAGGGUCUUUUGUCACGACCUUUGAUUCGCGGAAGUAUCGCUUCCACGGAGUGUGCUCGUACGUGUUGGUCAAGAGCCCCAUGAUGCCAGAUAAAGGGCGUGUUUUGGGAAUCUUUGAUAAGUGCGGAAUCUCGUCCUCUGAAACCUGUUUAGCAGCCAUCAGAUAUGUGUCUUCCAAGGUUGCGAUCACGAUUGACAAAGAGGACGUCAUGAUCUUCAACAGAGGAACACAAAAACUACCCUUUAAAACAGAGCACUUCACUAUAUUCAGACAGUCCUCAACUUACGUGCAAAUGAACUCUGACUUCGGCCUGAUGCUGCAGAUCCAGACUCAGCCCAUCCUUAUUGUCUACAUGUAUGCUGCUAUUGACCUGUUUGACACCACUAAGGGCUUGUGUGGAAAUUACAAUGAAGACUCCACAGACGACUUCAUGAACAGCAUGGGGGUCCUGGAGGGGACGGUCACUCGCUUCAUCAGUUCCUGGCAAACAGACCAGUGCAAAAAAGCCAAAGCAGAGGAUCCUGAUCCCUGCAGCUCCAGCAUGCUGAACGCUCUCUUUGCUCAAACACACUGCAGUGUACUUUUAAACCACACUAGCGUCUUUGGGAAAUGUCAUUCUCUUGUGGACCCCAAUGAAUACUUUAAAAGGUGCAAAUAUGACAGCUGUAACUAUGAGGAGACCCAGUUAUAUCUGUGUGCCUCCCUGGGAGCGUACGCCCACGCGUGUGCAGCGCAGGGAGUGAUCCUGGAGAAUUGGAGGAAUGAGACAUUGUCCUGCACCAUUGCCUGCCCAAUGAAUCAGGAGUUCAACUACAGCACCGAGGCGUGUGGGACCACCUGCCAGUCCAGAGAGAACCAGCACCUGGAGUGCUUCUUGAGCAUUGUUCCUGUGGAGGGCUGUAACUGCCCCCCCGGGACCUACCAGGACCACCAGGGCAAGUGUGUCACCGAGGACCGCUGCCCCUGCUACCUGGAGAAUAAUCUGACCCUCCCUCCAGACCACAGCACUACCCUGGAGGGCCUCGUUUGUACCUGCAGAAUGGGGGAGCUGGAUUGUACAGGGAUGAGGAGUCUUCAGGAUGAUAAGUGCACUCCACCAGCGUUCUACCAUACCUGUAUGGACCAGAAUGACAUUGUGUGCGCCCCAACCUGCCAUAACUGGAGGAUCGACAAUAUAUGUUGUUCUCAUAUACUUUACUGCACUCUCUAUUCCCCGAGCACGUGUAAACAAGGCAUGUGGAUCUGUGUCAAAAGCGCAUUCUGUCCAGGAUCCUGCAUCCACUACGGAGAAGGGCAUCUGAUCACGUUUGACAGUCACUCCUUUUCCUUUGAUGGGCCUUGCGAGUACACGCUGGUUACGGAUUCCUGUGGCGAUAGCAUCAAAGAACGUUUCUCCAUUGUGUCAAGAAGUAUAAUGUGCGGCAGCGGAGGCACGUGCUCCCGGGUUAUUGUGGUCACCGUUGAGACAGCUGUAUUGGAGCUGCAAGAUGGGCAAUACAAGAUCACACCGGACAGUAAAACCGAUGUGUUCAAAGUGCUGUCUAAUUCCAUGAAUCUGAUCAUCACAAUGACAAUUCCCAUCAGCAACGCCGCGGUCACUCUGAUCUGGAAUAAAAAUGUUAACUUAAUCAUCCAACUUACAAAGGUCACAGAGAUGUCACUGUGUGGUUUGUGUGGCAAUUUCAAUGGGAAGGUGCUGGAUGACUUGACGCUCCGAGAUGGGGCUCUGGCAUCGUUUGUCAAGGAAUUCUUCAACUCAUGGAGGGUGGACCCCAAUUGCAUGGAAAUACCAGAAUACACUGACCCCUGUAUAAAGAACCCGUAUCGACUCAAAUGGGCUCAGGAAAAGUGUAGCAUUAUCCCCAGCAACGUGUUCGAGGAGUGCCACGAACUGGUCCAAUACAACCAGUUCUAUGAUGCCUGUGUUCACGAUGCCUGUCAAUGCGAUUCAGGCGAGGAUUGCGAGUGUGUGUGCAACGCUGUUGCCAUCUAUGCCAAACUGUGUCUGGAUAAUGGGAUCUGUGUCGACUGGAGGAGGCCAGACUUCUGCCCUGUUUACUGUGAUUUUUACAAUACCCAUACGAAGGUUACAAAUCAAUAUGAGUAUACUGGAGAUGAAAACUGCACGUGGCACUACCAGCCCUGUGAAUGUCCCUUCAGCAUUGAUAAUCAAAAGAUAACCCACAACAUCGAAGGUAGGUUCUGGCAUCUCUUUCAUUCGUAG